UACUAUGUGCACCGCCAGCCUGAACGACCUGGAAGAGAUCCCUCUGGAAGAGGAUGACUCCGGGAGUGUCGAGUUCCAGAUCUUGGCUUACUACGUCAAACACCACGUCUUCAAAAACCACUCUACUCUCUUCUCGCCCAAACGGCCCAGGACACGCAGCCUGGGGAAAGGACUCGGGAGUUGGGCGGCCAGCGAAUCGUGGCCCUCGCUGCCGUGGGCGGCCAGACAGUCCUCGGCCCCCGAACAGACCAUCAGUCUCACCAAGAAAAAGUCUUCUUGGAGAACGCUCUUCGGGGUCGCGGAAAAGGAAGAGUUCCAGAGCGCUUGUGAAGUAGAUUCUGAGAGCCCCAAAGUAGAGAAGUGCCAGACUGGACCCCAGGGACAGCAGUGGACCCGGUCCCUCUCGAAUGUGGAACAGCGCGUGGAACCCAAAGCUGUGGACCCCAAAGUGGUCUCGGUUGCCAAACGUGUUGCUGAGAUCGUCAACUCCUGGCCACCCCUGGAAAACCAGGGACCAAGGUUCCGGAGGAUAAAGGAGAUGCCUUGGUGUGUGUGCAUAAAAAAGGCCAACUCCAGAAGUGAACCCAGAGCCAAAAAGAACGGAGAAGACCAUGCAAUCACCAGAAUUGUCGAGCUGUUGAAAUAUUCAGGGGAUCAGCUGGAAAGAGAGCUGCAGCGGGAUAAGAAUUUGAUGCACAGCUUCCAGGACGGGCUGUCCUACUCCAUUUUCAAGUCCAUCACAGACCAGUUUCUCAGAGGUGUGGACACCAGAGGAGAGUCCGAGGUCCGAGCUCAGAGCUUCAAGGCUGCUCUUGCCAUUGAUGUCAUGACCAAGCUCACGGCCUUUGACACCCACCCCAUGAAUCGGGUACUGGGUUUCGGAACCAAGUACCUGAAGGAGCACUUCUCGCCCUGGGUCCAGCAGCAUGGCGGAUGGGAAAAAGUCUUUGGGGUAUCACAGGAGGAGGUAGACUGAUUCAGCGAGGGAAGGCUGUUGAUCCAGAAGACCCACAAUCUGGCCUGGUUCCUGUACUGUGUCUUGGGGCCGA